GUAUUUUUGUGUUGUUUCAUACUUACAUCACCUCAAAUAUUUCCAACAGUUAUCAAAGCCAGAGACAUCCUUAAAUUUAUAGAUGUAACAAGACGUUUCAUGACAUUAACAUUCACAUGAUAUCUUCAUUAUGACCUUGCUCCAUUUAAGAUUAAAUCAGUCUGAAUUAUUUAAUUACAUUUUUCAUUAAGUCAGGAUUUUGCCUACGAGGCCGGAUCUUGCUCUUAUAGAUGUGAGCUUUCAGGACAGAAAAACACACGCACACACGCACGCACACACACACACACACACACACACACCUUUAAUCAAUAGUCAGAUUGAGUCAUGAAGAAUAAACAUUGACGCAAUUGGCCAGAACUUCCUCCACCUCCUUAAAAUCUCCAUAAAUAAAAUAAAAAAACGAUCAGGGGACAAUCAUUCCAGGUUCAGGUUUUAAGGAACUGUCCGACAUCCCGGCCCAGAAAACAUGAAACAGUUAGUCUUACUGGCUGCACUCUGCGCUGGUCAUGCUUCUGGAAAAGAUCUUUCAGAGAAGGUUUUUACUUUCCCAGUUGAAAGUGCAACUUCUUCUGUUAAGCUCAUUGCCAACGUUGCGCAGCCCCUCACCGUUUUGACCAUGUGCAUGAGGUUUUUCUCGUCACUUACCCGAGCUCAGUCGCUGUUCUCACUGGACAUCCCGUCUCAAUCUAACGCCUUCCUGCUCUUCAAGCCCUCUGUGGAUGUGUACAGACUGCACAUCAAUGGGGCUGCACUCGAUAUAAGUGGACUGCCCGAUGAGACCAAUGAAUGGAACUCUGUCUGCUGGACGUGGGACUCCACCAGUGGCUUGACGGCACUGUGGGUCAACGGAAAGCGCAGUCCUCGGGCAAUUAUGGGUGCCUCAGUAUCUCUCUCAGGGGUUCCCAGCAUCAUUUUGGGUCAAGAUCAAGAUAGUUAUGGUGGAGGCUUUGACCAGAGUCAGUCCUUUGUUGGGGACAUUACAGACGUCCACAUGUGGGACAAAGUCAUCUCUCCGUGUGAAAUUAGGUUUUAUAUGGAUGGUAGCGCCUUCACCCCCGGAAACCUUCUCAGCUGGAACAACCUAAGGUUCUCCACCACCGGCACUGUGCACGAGGAACAAAGCGACUUCAAUAAGUCAUGUUUUUAGCUUAUUUAACUGGCAACUAAGAUGCAAAGCUAAACCAAAUAAGUGGAAUCGAAGCUUAGUCCAAGGGCAACUGGUGGACGGACCUAGAGAUCCGCAGAGGCUUACAUUUAUAUCUCUGUCCACCAGUUAGUUUAGUACUGAAGAAGCCUUUCGGAGGAGAGGUGAAACGUGCUCAAGAUCUUCAACUUAGUCCAGUUGCCUUUGGAUCAAGCUUUGAUUUACCAUGACGACCUGGAUAAAUGAGAACCAACAUAGACAAACAAGUGAAGACCGCCUGUUUUAAAUCUUUCAUGUCUCUAAUUCAGCCUUGAACACAUUGUUUACAAAAUAAAAGUCUUCCAGUAACUUGGCCCGGCAACGUUUUAAUUGUCUUUUUUGUUUUGUUUUUAAAACUAUUGAAAAAUAUAUUUAUUCACGUCUAAAUGUAAAUGAUGAAGAAAAUAGACUGAUUCACUUUUGCUCUGAACCUCUUUUCUACGGAAGUGCAUUGCAUUCACCAAAGAAAAUGCAUCUGCCAAUCAGGAUAUUUAGCA